GGCGUAUCCCGGGGUAAGAGAUAUUGUGGAUGUGUAACAGGUCGUUCGUGUUCGUGCGGUGAGAAAUAGCGACGAAAUUGACACCAAAUAGACUUUAAGUUUUAGAAAGUUUUUAUUUCUUAGAGCUUGGUCUUAGAUUCAUUUUUGAUAAGAGGUAAACUUGUGAAGUCUGGUUCUUUUCCUCUAUUUGUCGUCUAAUAUCGCUGUAAAUGUAGGCCUGUGUACCUCAGCUCUCCUUCACAGCAAGGUGGCUCAAUGUUACUCCAAACCAGAAGACUUCCAGGAUGACCCAGCGGAUGAUUUAGCACAAUAUCUGGGUAGAAUCGGACCCAAUCGGUGGGAUGAAGGACCGACUGGCUGAAUUGGCUGCUGUAAGUGUCAUCUCUUUUCAGUCAAGUGUUUUAACCAUGACAGGUGAAACUCUGGCGGCAUAAAAAGUAGUCCCUCUAACGCGUAUUUCUCAUGCGCACAGAGUAGGGCACAAGCAGAGGAGGAUGUUGCAGUUUCAGUGGACAGAGAUGGCUUCAUGGAAAGCUUUUUCAGAAGGGUAUGUAUCAAGGUGGAUAAGUCCAGUAUGUUGAUACAUUUGGGAGAAAUGGGAUACUGAUGUUUUCUUGGUUGUUUUAGGUGGAAGAAGUCCGAGGACUCAUUGAUAAGAUCUCCUUACAAGUUGAAGAGGUGAGGAAGACGCACAGCAUGAUCCUGUCUGCACCCAACCCAGAUGACAGUAAGUAUGUGUUCAAUAAAAAAAUCAAUCUAAUGGAGGUGUUAAAAGUUUCAGUGUUGGCACGACUGUUGCUUUUUAAAGGGUUACUUUGGCUCUGCUGUAGUUUGACCUCAGGGGCACAGAGUAGAACUACAAGAAAUGCCUCACUUCCUUUGUUAUAUUUUCCUUUUCAUUGUAAAUGAACGGCUGCCAGAGCAGGAUACUUGUCAAGGAAACUGCUUUGUUUUGUCCCAAAACUCACAAAUCACUAUAGUAGUGGCUCUAGCUUGUCUCUGUUAGAAACUUUUUAACACCCAGGCAUUUAAACACAUUGACUAGAUCUUUAUUUCAUGUUUUUUGAUGAUUUAAAGCAGUUUUUACACAAACAGCACUGUGACAGCUCUGGAUGUAAACAGUUUUAGCUGAGGCCUGAGGAUCCUGCAGGACAAAGAGUCAGUAUACAGAGCCAUGACACCAUCGUUCGUUAUGUUUAAUGUAACUCACUACGGGACAUACAUACAGGGAAACAAAGGGCAUGUGUGUUUGGUGUUGUGUUGUCUUUGCUGUUAUGCUACUGGAUUGUUGCUAAGUUACGAGAUGAAAUCACAGCAGAUUCAAUAUUUGCAGUAGGAAGUCAUACGUGAUUUGCUGGAAGAUAUUAUAAUUCCUCAUCAGCGCCUGAUAUAUAUAUAUUUUGUUUGUUUAUGUGAAGAAACAAAGGAUCAGCUGGUUUCUCUCACCAAUGACAUCAAAGGGAACGCCAAUGUGGUUCGGACUAAACUUAAAUGUAAGUUUUACCUCGUCUGAUUGUUGCACUUUAUUGAUCGGCAGGUAAAAAAGCUGCUUUUUAACAUUAAAUCAUGAUUUUUCUCACUUUAUUUAGCCAUGGAGCAAAGUAUGCCCAAAGACGAUGCAGCCAACAGAUCCUCUGUGGACUUCAGGAUCCAGAAAACACAGGUCAGGACUCAGAUUAUUGACUUCUAGAUACUUUUAUCAAUGAACAUGAUCAUUGUUAUAUUCCUAAUAAUCCUGUCUCUGAAAUGGAAUAUGCUGCGCUCAUCAACAUUAACAAUUGAUGAUGACCACUGUACAUGGUGAGGUAUAAUUAGGUUAGAUUAGAUUAGACUGGAUUAGAUUAGAUUAGAUUAGAUACAACUUUAUUUAUCCUUCUGGGAAGCUUCACUCAAGGAAAUUAAAAUUCCAGUAACACCAUGUUCAGAAAAUAAAAAAGAAUGAUGUACAAUAAACAUAAAGAAUAAAAAUGUAAUAUAAUUAUUUUUAUAUGAAAAGUAAGACUUAGAGCUCUGGACAUUUGCACUUAAAAGCUCUCUUGGGUUUCCUUACCACACCUGCACAAAUCCUCACGUACUUUUCUUUUAUUGUACAAAUAUGGAUAGAUAGAUGGAUGUACUUUGAUUGAUCCCAAACUUAAUCAGUUUUCUCAUCCCGACAGUAAUCAAUGACUUGAACUGUCUGCACCCUGCUGCUCUUAAUAAAGUUUUUAGAGUUGACUCUGUUAUUUAUCUUUUAAUUUUGUUUUAAUUGCAGAUUUUUACCUGUGAUAGGUAGGACACCUGCAGUAGAGCAGAAAUAUAGGGACUGAGAGUGGGGAAGACGUGCAGCGGAGGGUUCGAGAGUGGAAACAGUCACUGUUUUGACGAGGGCUAUAGCCUCUGUCCAUGGGGCGCACUCAAACUGUUAGGGCAGUGGUGCCUGUUUUCUAUCGUUUUAGAAAACUAAUUAUCAAACUUAAGACCAGAAUAUUCAUGUAUCGACCAGGAGAAAAAGAACAAGAUGAGCACUGAUGGUUUAAGUGCACGCCACAUGGAUUUGAACCCAACCAUGGCCCCUUUCUGUGUGUCACUCCCACUUCCUGCUCUAUCCUCUGCCCUGUCCUCUGUAAGAAAAGCCCCAAAAUAAACCUGUAAAAGAAAAAUAGUCCUGUCACUUUGUACAUUCUUACUAUUUGUCCUUGCAUUGUCAUUUGUCCUCAGCACACGGUGCUCUCCAGGAAGUUUGUGGCGGUCAUGACCCAGUACAACGAGACGCAAGUGUCCUUUCGAGAAAGAAGCAAAGGAAGGAUCCAGAGACAGCUGGAGAUAAGUAAGUGACAAAUACUGUACACCCCCCUACCGCCUGCCAAACCAGCACAAGGUCAGGAGUGUGGAGCAUUCUUUAAUCAUUUUAAAACAAUUACAUCAAAAGACCGAGUUUGGGUGAAUAUGAAAGAUUUUCAGUGAAGAGUUCAGAGAUAAAAGACAAACCCUAAAGCUGUCAGGAAAAGAUCCAGGAAACAGACUCCACCGGUUUCCUCUUUGUGUCUCUGAACACAGACCUGACUGGUGAUAAACAGACGUCAGCAGGACAGCACUUUUCCAGGUUUCUUUAAGAUGAGAGGCCUCUCUGUUUCUAACACUAAAGUCACAACAAAUAAUAGACACCUACCCAGUGUUCUGGUAAAUCCCAAAUGAGGACGAAGGGAGAAAACUGAUUUUUUUUUAAGUAUAUAUGAACACAUAACUGGCAUGAUUAAUAAGUCAUUUAACCUGAUGUAAAACCAUGCAGUGUAAAUAAGUAUACAUGAGAGUCAACAUUAAUUCAGGCCUUUAAGUUGAACUUGUUUUCCACCAUUUUUAAGAAGUUUGUUUGCUCAUAAUACAAUGACAAGCAAACACAAAGAGACUGUGUAGCAGGUGCGUUUUAUCAUGCAUGUGUGAGUCUAAAGUGACUGUAAUGAAAGGUAGUGAAAGGUGAAAAAAUAAGUCUGUCUCCUCUGCUCCCUGCGGCCGGCAUUAAUGAGAGCUCCAGUUCUCCACGCUGCAGCCGGAAGAGCCUGAUACUGGAGACGGAUCUCUGUGUUUAGGUUGCCCGGGGAACAGGCGGAGGGCUUGGCAGCCUGCGUAACAGUAGUUCACCUGUCUUUGACACGGCCACACAAGCCUCCUCGGCCUUCCAUGCAGCCUUUCACCUUAAAUCUGUAUCUUUUAGAGGCGAUACUCCGCUACAUGUAUGAGUGGUAAUGGGGGUGUGUUUUUGUUGUGUUUGUCUGCCUCUCCCUGAGGACAAGUCUCCUGAAAAGGUGUGUGACUUACAUUAAGCACCUGCCUGCAGAGCUCACUCUCCAGAGAGCUGGUUGUACAACAGGAGGCACGGCCCGAGGAAGAGAAAGCUUUCUGUUUAUAGAGAUUCAACAGCUGUUUGUCUGUGAAGGCUGCUGGGCUCCUUUGUUCCUCUUCUGAUCCUCUAGACAUACGUCUAAUAUUAGUUUCAAGAAGCACUCUCACCCACAAAUAACCUGGAAACCACAGCAGGAACUAGCUGUAAUUAAAGACAAAGUCAUUUAAAUGUGCUGCACACUAAUGGAUGCAUUGUUGCUCUGAGAUUUAUAGUUUUUAAAUAAGAGGUUUUGCUAACAACAUUCAGCGCUCUUACCUCCCUCAGGUUAAACACGUUUAUGUUCCUUUUUUAAAAAGCACAUUUAUAUCAAAACAUUAAUUCAGUCUUAUUGGUUAAACAAUACAACAAAUCUGCUGCUGCUGCUUAAGGGGAAGACAGCGGUGUGAUUGUAACAGUAUCCGCUGGGUGGAUAACAGAGACUUCAUUUCUCUGUCAGCUCGGUCAAUAGAGUUCCUGUGAGGCUUCAACCUCUCACACAACAAGCUUUUUACUCUGUGAGACAAAUUCAUUAUCCUGGGAUUAAAUCACUGUAUACCACUGUAUACACUGUACCAGAACAGGACAGACCUCUAUAACUAAACUAUAGUGCUCUCUUCAUCUAUUAUUUUCUUAAAGUGUGUGAUAAAAUGACCUUGAGUGAAAGUGUAAGACUUCUCAUUCAAGACUUCUCUGAAUUAAAGAUUUUCAACCCUAGAGAUGUAAGAAAUGCUGCUACUUUUAACAGGAAAAUCAAUACAUGAGGGAAUACAUUGGAGUUUGGUUUUAAACAAGGGGUUAACAUCAGUAUUUAAAAUAAUGAAAUAUUUGAAUUUAAAAAGGUAAAGACACAAUGAGUUAAAAUAAUUUGAAAUUAUAGUGUCAAAUGAGUAAGAUAAAUAGAAGUCAUAAAAACAAUAUAAAUAUUUAAAUGUUGAAUCAAACAAACUUUACAAAAAAAUUAAUCUGUAGUAAAAUUCCCUGUUUUUUGUCCCUAACCAUAAAAUCACUUUGAAUUAAAAGCAGGAUUAAAAAGAAAAGUCUGAAGUUAUCUUUUAAAAACCACAGAAAGAGACUGCUUUUUAAUAUUCAGAGACAAAGAGCUCCAGAGUUCAGGUGUGUUAAACAGAAAACUCUCUCUCUCUGGUGCCUGUGCAUGUGGGACACAUGGGGAACAUUUUAAAAAGGAAACAUUGAAGGACCCAAGUGACCUGUCUGGAAAUUACAAAGAGAGUAGAGCUCUAAUCGAUGGAGGAGUAAGGUCAUGAGGAGGUGUAAAAACAAGUAAAAGGACUUAAAAAUCAACUUUAAAAGAAACAGGGAGCUGUGUAACUCCAAGAGAAGAAUUCAUACUAUUACAGUUUAUCAAAAGAUUCACUUCUACAGGGGUAGCAUUUUAUUAAGGUUUCUGAUACAUCAUGCAGAGUGAGGAAGUGUAUAAUUUACUUGCACAAUUGACUGCCUGUAGAUUUAGACAACAUGCUUCCAUUGACUUUUAAUGUAAAUAUAAAGCCUCAAUACGCCUGCGAUCAAUGCUAAAACAUUGUGCAAGUGAUACUGAAGCAUUCACUGAUGCGAUCUGGCUGUUGGAACCGCAGGGUUGACGUCACACCCCCCUUCUACUGACUACAACACAUUUGACUUCCCCAUAAAUAAAUCAGAUCCUUCAGGUCUAAAAACAGCCGCAGAAGUGAUCCUUGUGUCAUUCAAAGCAGAUACAGAUAUGACGAAAAGUUCAGGAACUCUUAUCUCAGCGCUCACUUGAUUCUCUCUCUUUGUUCCCUCUCUGCACUAAGAGGCUGCAGGAGUUGUUCACAGAGCUGUCAAUCAUGAGGCCACACCCCCUCUUUAGCAUUAGUUGAAGUUUUUGACAUUUUCUUAACAGAAUGAAGUUCAUAAUGAUGCCUUUUAAUAGUGUACAAAAGCAAAUAAGACCAUCAAUGAUUAGGCUGGAGGGUUUCAGACUUUGUAUGACUGUUUUGUUGCAUUAAGAUUUUUUCUGUGUUCAGCAAUGUGCAGCUUUUGUACAGCUGUGUAGCUCUCUCUAGUACCAUCUGUCAUCUUCAUCCUGCCAGCUACCUGUGAAGAAGUUGAAUAAAAACUACGGUAUUUCCCAGUUCACAUUUCCCUCCACUGCUCACGUUUUGGUGUUUUUCAUCCUUUUUGCCUAAUUAAUGAUUGCCUGCUUUUUCUCAUUUCAGCGGGGAGAGUGACCACCAAUGAGGAGCUGGAGGACAUGCUGGAGACUGGAAAUCCAUCAAUCUUCACAUCUGAUGUAAGUCCUCUCAUUUCCUCAAACAGGUUAUGUGCAGCUUGUAGCUAGAUGGCAGUAUAAGAUUUAAAUCUUGUACUGCCAUCUAGUGGUGGUAUAGGAGUAAAUCACUUAGGAUAGGAUAAUGUGCUGCCAGGUUGUAACUUUGCAUGGAGAUGGAACCAUUUCUUUGUGUUUGGUAAAUGAUAUAAACAUGAUUCCUGUUUUCCAGAUCAUUUCUGAUUCCCAGAUUACACGUCAGGCCCUGAAUGAGAUCGAGUCUCGGCACCAGGACAUCAUUCGCCUGGAGACGAGCAUCAGGGAGCUCCAUGCCAUGUUCAUGGACAUGGCGAUGCUGGUGGAAACUCAGGUAAAUCCAAACAGAGCACCCCAUAGCUGAUCCAUACUCUUUAUGGAUAAGAAACCUGCCAUUUUAAAUUUCAUAAGGUAUCUGUGCCAUGAUUUUUCAGCCACUAUGUUUUAUUAUCAGCACCACCAAGACAAAGCCCGAUAUUAGACGCUACAAAUAAAAACAUUCUGAUUUGCUUAUUUACAGGGUGAAAUGGUCGACAACAUCGAGAAGAAUGUCGCCAAUGCAGCCGAAUACAUUUCUAGUGCAAAGGAAGAGACCAAAAAAGCUCUGAGAUACCAGAAGAAAUCCCGGAGGGUAUGUGCUCCUUCCUAAUGAUGUUUGUUUUGGGAUCGUCAUGCGUAAACAGAUUUGUAAAUAUCAAUUACGUUCAGUUGCACAUGUGACAUCUUAAAACGAGCUUAUGCUUCUGUUUAUAGCCUUUUUCUUUCUUUUUCAAAUCACCAUCUCUUUCACUUCGCAGAAAUACAUUAUCCUUGCCUUUGCUCUGUUGAUCCUGCUUGCUGUCAUUGCACUAAUUGUUGGCCUGUCUGUUGGACUAACCAAACCCCCUGUGUGAAAACUACUGAGGUAACACUCCAUCUAUAUCCAAUCACUCAAACACAACAUCCAUCCUCUCAUCUUCUGUCAAAAAGUCUCUGAAUUCACGCUAAGGUUUUAGCUCUUAAUUGGUUUAAAGGAUUUGUUAUGCAGCAUCCCUCCUGACUCCUCUUUUUCUUCUCUUUUUGAUAGAAACUUCUCCGCCUUGCCGUGUGUGGGGCUGCAGGUCUCCUCCUUUUACUCAUCAUAUUAGUGGGGACCUUUGAGUGAUGGAUUUCAUGGUUCACAGACACUCAGCAGCAGCAGUCAGCUCCCGUGCUGAUGGAGCUUAAAAGAGCUCCAUUUUAACACAAUAGUAAAUCAUAACAAGCUGUUCCCUGUCCGGCAGCAUUACAGAGAGGAUCUCAUGAUCACACUAAAGUGAGUAUAAUGUGUGUGAUCCACGCCACAUGGCUAACAUCAUACCUCAUGUCUCACCGUUCUGGAGCUAUUCAUUACAGCUAGAAUAGAGGCUCUUUUUAGGUGAUGUAGCUUUACAUUAACGGAGAUAAAUGUACAACGAUUUAUACACUGUAUUGCUGCCAUUUUGUCAUGUAAGUUGUAAAAAAGAUGUAAAAUUUGUGUCACUGUCAGAUAUUUCUUGGUCCAGAGACCGUAAAGAGAUAUUUCACCGUUUGGGUUAGUAGCUUAUUCAGCCCAAAGUUAGAUGAGAAAACCAAUUUUUCACUCCCAAGCUGCUCUCAUGUCUUUAGGGAAAAUAUUAAAGGGAUAUAUUUUAUGAUUUUUGGAGUGAAGAUAGAUGAGUUACUUGUCACUAGUUAGUGUACUAAACAGUAACCUGGUCAACUCUGUGCAUACGUUGAGAAACUGCAGGUAGAGACAAGACUUAAGGUAUGCUCAGGCUUCAACUCAUCUGAGAGGUUUGCCAAAUCUCUCAAAAUCGGUUGUUUCUCAUGAAAGGGGCUCAGUGGACCUGCUAUCCAAUGUGGCUAAUACAGUUUCGAGUGACAUGUAAUCCGUACAACCUCAUUUAAAAAAGACUGAAAUAUCCCUUUAAGCUAUGUGAGAUAGCUGACCUUUGCUUACCUUAGCUUGGUGUUAAGACUCACCAACAUUAAUGGCUAACCCAGCUGUGUUCAGAUAAGUCACAAAAGUCCAACUCAAUGUAAAAAACACACUUUAAAUGAAGCUGCCAAACUGAGGAAAUUAUAUCAUAGGAUCUAAAUGAGGAAACACGGGGGGGAGAAUAACAAAGUUGAAACUCAGGAUUGUCAAAACAUAAUUUAUAUUUGUAAGAUACUGAAGGAUUUAAAGAAUAAUCCAGUAAAAUAAAACAAGAUUUUAAAACACCAGAACAUGAUUCCUGUAAUGAUGAGAUUAAAAUAAGCAAAUAAAUUAGACUAAAAUUUAGACUAAAUAUACAAGUAAACAAAUAGAGUUAUUUAAUGUAAGACAGAGUAAUACACACUUAAACUCAAGACUAAAAGGUCAGUGGUGAGUUUGCCUUCAGAAAUACUAAAACUCUGUUUGACCCUGAGGUGCUCGUGUAGUCUGUCCCACAGACGUGGGCUGUAAAACGCUGCCUCCUCGUGGAUCUUUGACUUUUGGCUCCAUUAAGAGACCUCUACCUGAGCAGUCCUGAGAGCUCUCAAGGGUCCAGAUGAUAAAAGAAAAUCUGAUAAAUAAGUCAGACUGAGACCAUGGAGGGCUUUGCAAACCAGUAAAAGAAAUUUAAACUCAAUUCUGUAAGAUACUAGGUGCUAAUGCAGCGACAUUAGAUUUGUUCAGGUCUUGGUCAGCAGUCUUACCGCUGAUUUUUUUUUCAUUCCUGUAUGUGUGGCGCUCAGCUGAUUUUGUGACAUUUUGGCAGAUCCAGGGCUGGCUGUUUCUAUUUUACAUCUUCUAUGCUAAGCUAAGCUAAACUAGGCCAGGCUAAGCUGCUUGUUGCUGCUUAAUGAAGGAGGAGGUUAACGUCUGAUCUCAUUCUCUGUGAGGAGAGGAGGUUCGUCAGCUCUUUCACCAAAAUAUUAAUUUAAUAUUUAGAAAGAUGUGUGCAAUUUAUUGACUGAUCUCUUAAGUGAUUAUUAAAUCUGUGUUUAUAUGUUUGAGUGUAUGUUCCCUGUAUAACCGGGUUAUUUUGUAUAUACUCAGUAAUUCAUGUAGUGAAUGUAAAACCAGUACAGCUCAGGAGACAUUAAAAAACAGAACUGAUGUAAAAAAGUUACUCCGUCACUCUUAUCUUUACUCCAACCAGAGGAAAUGUUUUCAGGUGGAUUGAAAAUACAACACAUUGUACUGAAACUCUCAAUUGUAGCAAAGUGCCUUCUUAAAGUUGUAAAACUUAACUUAUUGAACUGUAUUUAUCACGAUUAGUGUGUGAUGACUGAAGAAUUUAUGGUGAAAAGUCGGGCUGCAGAAUUAGACUGUUGGACAAAGUUAUUUCAAGAGCACACUUUUUUCUUUUCAUAGAUUUGAGUCUUUUUAAUUUGUUUUGAACUGUAUCCUUAAUUUUAUACAGAAACAGAAUUCAUUGGCAAUGUAAUUUAAAAAAUAAACAACUCAAAGUGAA